AUGAACCAAAAUGUUCAAGAACUCAAGAACUCGGAUUCGAGAUGCUUGUUCUUCAAGGAUUUUACAAAUUUCGACUUCGAUCAUAAACAAAAAACACAUACAUACACCAACCCUUUACAGACAUCGAUCGAGCUUUAUCCCCCAACAAUCAAUUACAGACAUCGAUCGUCGAAGUUUCACUUGGGUUUGGUUUUCAGACGGUCGUGUUCAACUAGGGAGGUGUUAAGGCGUUUCUUGUUUGUGGUGGUGGUUCUGUUUGUGUUGGGGAUGGAUAUCACCACAGGAGAUGUGGGGCUAGAUCUGAUCAAUUUUUGUGUUUGUUUAGGUAAAUAUUCUAAAGAUGAUACUGGAAAACUCUUGAAGGGAGACGCACAGAAAGUAGGAGAAGGCCUGUUCAUCUUCUUGCUUUCUAUUCCAUCACGCAUCCCGAAAGCCAACACUAAAUCCGACAUCAAACUCACUAGUAACUGCAUGGCAAUCACAAGUGUGAGUUGCAAUGUUUCCAUACAAACAAGAAUGAGUUUUACAGAUUACAUGGGAUUUCCAAACUGCCCGACACUUGAUUUCGGGCAGCCGGGCAGAGGAAGUUCAUGUAGUCGGAUUCCAAUGAGAGUAACAAUGAGAGACCGAAGCAAGAACAGGAAACCAUUGCAAAAAGAAAAACAACAACAAGUUAUUGAUUCCAAGUUUAGUAGAUUACUCAAGUUUGAUAUGAUGGCUAUCCUCCGUGAACUCCUUCGCCAAGAAAAUCCCAUUCUUGCCCUUAUGGUUUUUGCAGAAAUCAAAAAGGAAUAUUGGUAUAAACCACAAGUGUCAUUAUACGCAGAAAUAAUCUCGGUUUUGGCAAAGAAUAACAUGUAUGAUGACGUGGAUAUGAUUUUUCUUGAAUUAAAAACCGAAAAAGGUAGAUUAGAGGGUAAAACCGAGGGGUUUAAUUUGUUUUUGGAAACUUUGAUGAGUUACAACAUCACUAGACUUGCCAUGGAUUGUUUUGAGUUGAUGAAAGAGGUUGGUUGUGAGCCUGAUAGAUCAACGUUUAGGUUAUUAGUAAGUUAUUUAGAAUCAAAAGGAGAAAUUAGCCUUUCGGAAAGUAUUAGGCAAGAAGCUCGGAAAUAUUAUGGUGAUUCUAUUGAGUAUGUAGAUGAGCAAAAUGAGAUGACAAUCAGUUAAGGUGUUUGUUUCUUUUUUACUUAAUAGGGAAAUACUUAAUCUGAUAAACUGUAUAUGAGUGUUUCUUUGUUUAUUGUUUUUUUAGUAGAGAAAUAACAACUUAAUAGAAAGAGUAACUUACAUGAAUGGUCCUAUGGUUUGGGAUAAUUUAUGCGUUUGAUCUCUAACUUAUUUUUUUAACUCUGAAAGCUUU